GGGGAGGAGGGGCAGGCGAGGUGAGUGUGGUGGAAUUGCGGUAGAAUUGGGCACGAAGAAGGGGACGGAGUAGAGAGGCACACAAUCGGAGAGAGAAGGAGGGAGGGAGGGGAGCUAUGGCGAUGUCCAUGGCCACCACGUUCACCAGCAAGUUUGUGCUGCCAGGCUCCUCGCUGGCAUCGACAGCAGGCUCCUCGGCGACGUCCAAUUCCCUCGCCAAGCGCGCCUCGUGUGUCGCUCCCGCUCGGCUCGCGCGAUUGAGUCCUCGGGCAUCCGCGAGUGGUGGCGCGCCUUCAUCGUCUUCCUGGUUGUUCGAGGCCGAUGGCCGUCCUGCGGAGAGCUCCUUGUGGACGCCCAUGGCGUCGCAGGCCGCGCCUCAGGCCAUGCAAUCAGCUGAGGGAGACGUGAUGGGUCUCAUGCUGAAGCAGCGGAUUGUGUUCCUCGGUAAUCAGAUGGACGAUUUUGUGGCUGACUCCAUUAUCAGCCAGUUGCUGCUCCUGGACGCCAUCGACCCUAAGCAGGACAUUCGUCUUUUUAUCAAUUGUCCGGGGGGUUCUAUCAGUGCUGCCAUGGGUAUCUUUGAUGCCAUGCAGCUGUGUAAGUGUGAUAUUUCUACGAUUUGCUUCGGCUUUGCGGCUUCAACAGCCGCGUUACUACUCGCAGCAGGUACGAAGGGGAAGCGACUGGCGAUGCCUAACUCUCGCAUCAUGAUGCAUCAGCCCAUGGGAGGUGCUAGUGGGCAGGCAAUUGAUGUUGAAAUCCAAGCUAAGGAGGUCAUGUACCAUAAGAGUAACGUCAUUCGUAUUUUAUCCGAGAUUACGGGGCGGUCUAUUGAGCAGGUAGAAAAGGACAUUGAUAGGGAUCGAUACAUGUCUCCUAUUGAAGCGAUGGAGUACGGGAUGAUUGACGGAGUUAUUGACAAGGAUGCAACUAUUGCUAUUAAUGAAUUGCCUCAAGUACCUGAACGGGUGAAACCUCGCCAGGAAAAUUUAGCUGCUCUGGAGGAUCCUAGGAAGUUCUUAACUCCUGAGAUUCCCGAUGAUGAAAUCUAUUAAAUUACUCAGAUUAUAAGUACAUUUAAUACGUGUAAAGUUUCUCUCGGCGCUUAUGCCUUUCAAUUGCCCUUCCAUUUUCUCAUGCAGUA